GACGUUCCUUUUGUAAAAGGUCGCUUUUUCCUUCCCUUUCCCGGAACAUUAUUCUUUUCAGAUAUACUUUGUCAAGCCGCCAAAGUGGAGAGUGUCGUUGCAUCAGGGGGUCCUUCUCGUUUCAGCGAGUUCCUGGGGAAAACCCCAGGUUCUAGCGUUCAGAGAUGGUUACCUUCUCGAAGCACUAGACGAGAUGCCAACUCCUCCAACGAGAAAGGGCAAAAUGAUUCAAUCUUCAGGAAAGUGAGAGGCAUACUGAAUAAGCUGACUCCUGAGAAGUUUGACAAACUAUGCCUGGAGCUCCUCAAUUCAGGUGUAGAGUCAAAACUUGUCUUGAAAGGAAUCAUCUUGUUGAUUGUUGACAAAGCCCUCGAAGAGCCCAAGUAUAGUCAGUUAUACGCUCAACUAUGUCUACGCUUGGCAGAGGAUGCACCAAACUUUGAAGACCCAGGAGAGACUCAAACAUCAAAGCAAAAUACUACCUUCAGACGGCUUCUGAUUUCCAAGCUUCAAGAUGAGUUUGAGAACCGUGCCAGAAAUGUUGAACUCUUUGACAAAAAUGACAACCCACUCACCUCUGAGGAGGAGGAGCAGCGCGCUAUUGCAAAGAUCAAGAUGUUGGGCAACAUCAAAUUCAUUGGGGAACUUGGCAAACUUAACCUCAUCCAUGAAACUAUCCUUCAUAAGUGCAUCAAAACACUUUUGGAGAAGAAGAAGAGAGUCCAACUUAAGGAUAUGGGUGAAGAUUUGGAAUGCCUCUGUCAGAUAAUGAAAACAGUUGGGCCUAAACUUGAUCACGCAAAAGCUAGGUCUCUGAUGGAUCAGUACUUCAGCCGCAUGCGAUCCUUGACCAACAACAAGGAACUGCCAGCCAGGAUCCGUUUCCUGCUGCAGAAUACAGUCGAGAUGCGAGACAACAACUGGUCGGCUCGCAAAGCUUAUACUGACAACGGACCAAAGACGAUCAACCAAGUUCGUCAGGAUGCAGUAAAAGAUUUGGGCAUUUUCAUUCCACCUCCUACCGAUGGAAUGAGGAAUGAAUUCUUCAUGGAAAACUCCUUCUUGCCAUCAAGGAUCAAGUUCGACCGGGAAACUCUUGGUGGGCUGGCUGAUAUGUUUGGACAAAUGCCAGGAAGUGGCAUUGGGACAGGUCCAGGAGUCAUUCAGGACCACUACUCCCCGACCAUGGGACGCCAUCGCACAAACCCCAUUUACAACGGCCACGCUGGGAACGGCAACGGUUCACAUCAGCCUCAGUUUGAAGGAGGGAACAAACAGUAUACCAAGCCAAACCAGGGCCAGGGUUCACCAGUGUUCAACCACAAACAGAAUCACUCGGUGCCGAUGCAGUCGAAGGAUAUGGCUCCACGAUUCAGCAAGAAGGGGAAGGUCAACGCUGAUGAGAUCAGUCUGAGGCCGGCACAGUCCUUCAUCCUGAGUAAAAAACAGAUCCCCAAGCUGCAGCCACAGAUGAUGAUGAUUCCUUCAAGUGCCCAAGGUUCCUUAAUGGGACAGGCUCCACAGCUUGGCUUGAAAACCAAUCCUCCUCCAAUUCAGGAAAAACCUGCCAAGUCCACUAAAAAAGCUCCUCCUACAAAGGAAGAGUUGCGCAAAAUGACAGAGACACUGGUGGCAGAUUACCUGAACAACAAGAACAUGGAUGAGGCAGUAAACGCUGUGAAGGAGAUGAGAGCUCCGAAACACUUUCUGCCUGAGAUGCUGAACAAGAUUGUGGUUUAUUCACUUGAUCGUUCAGAUGAGGAUAAAGAACAAGCGAGCACCCUGGUCCACACUCUGUGCACUGAGGGCCUGGCCACUGGAGAAAACCUAAUGCAGGCCUUUCUGAGUGUUCUGGACCAGUGUCCUAAGAUCGAGGAGGAGAUCCCUCUGGUCAAGUCUUACCUGGCUCAGUUUGCAGCCCGUGCGAUCGUUGCUGACCUGGUCACCAUCACAGAUCUGGCCCAUCACCUGGAGAACGGAGCACAUUUCCCUCUGUUCCUGCUCUGCCUGCAGCAGCUGGUCAAACUGAAGGACCGUGAGUGGCUGGGAGAUCUGUUCCAGAGGAGCAGCGUCAACAUGCAGAAGAUGCUGCCUGAAAUCGACCAGAACAAGGACCGGAUGCUGGAGAUUCUGGACGGUAAAGGUCUCAGCUUUCUGUUCCCACUGAUGAAACUGGAGAAGGAGCUGCUGAAGCAGAUCAAAGUAGAUCCGUCUCCACAGUCCAUCUACAAGUGGAUCAAAGACAACAUCUCUCCUAAACUGCACACUGACAAAGGCUUCGUCAACAUCCUCAUGACCAGUUUCUUGCAGUACAUCGCUUAUGAGAUCAACCCUGACGAUGACGAGGAGCAGCUUUCAUCGCCCAGCAAGGAGCAGCUGGACGAGGAGAAGCAGCUGCUGCUCUCCUUCAAGCCGGUGAUGCAGAAGUUCCUCCACGACCACAUCAACCUGCAAGUCAGCGCGCUCUACGCCCUCCAGGUUCACUGCAACACCAAGGCCUUCCCCAAAGGUAUGUUACUGCGCUACUUUGUGAACUUUUACGACAUGGAAAUAAUCGAAGAAGAAGCCUUCCUCUCAUGGAAAGAAGAUGUCACCCAAGAAUAUCCAGGGAAGGGGAAAGCAUUAUUUCAGGUGAACCAGUGGCUGACCUGGCUGGAGACGGCAGAAGAAGAAGAAUCAGAGGAUGAUGAUUACUGAGGAACAGGCCAAAGCCAUGUGUUAUCAGGAUGCAAUGACUAAUUUUUUAACUUGUCUCCAUAUGCCUUUCCCCCCUUUCAACCCUAAGCCCCGCCCCCCUCUUCUUGUUUAUGAAUAUUUUUCAACCACUGUUACAGUUCAUUCCACUAUGAAAUGUUUUGCCAGAUCAAGCCAGCAUCACCACCACCAUUAUCUCCAUAUUGUAUUUAUGCUUUUCCUUUCUAAUUUUCUAUCUUAUUGAUGUCCUGCAGCAGAUGUUUUAUACAUUUCAAUCUUGGGUUAUGUUUUCCUUAACAGUAGGCAGUAUUUUUGCAGGAAAGCGUACCAGCACCAAAACCUGAACCAUUUUAUCACCUUUUUGGUAGGAGUCACCAAGUGCUGCCAUAACAUUUACUUAAAAACUGUUUACAAAAAGAGAAAAGGCUCCGACACUGCAAGGAGGCUCUUCUCGUUGUUUUAUCUGCAUUUGUUAAUCAGUUUUUAGACGCACUUUGCUCAACAUCAUGAGUCGUUGCAAUAGUAAGAUACACUUUCCUUCAUUUGAUGAACAAUCCUAAGUUGCAGUUUUUUUGCUGCCCUAAUUAUAUAAUAAUGGUUUUCUUGUGCUUGGAAAGCAGACCAGUGUCUGAAAAUUCAUAACAAUCUGGAUUUGACGAUGAUUAACAAUAAUGGGCUGUUUGAUUUGCACAGUGUGAUUUCAGUUACCCACAUCUAGUUUAAUGAAUCAAGAGCUUUUUUUAUGUAAAAGGAAAAAAAAAACUUUUGUGCUGUUAGGAAUGAAUCUGUGUGGCCUUUUUUUAAUUUAUCAAUUCAUAUGGAUAUACCUCUAAUGUAUCUCGGACUAUACUUGAAUGUCUCGGUUUUAACUCUGAGACAGCCAAAGCUUAGUUUCCUGUGCAACAGUUGUUCACCACCUCGUGUGGAAAUUUUACGUCAGUUUGCCAUAUUUGUCAAGUUUUUAAAUGGUGUUUUUAUCUUCAUGAAAUUACAAAGAAUGUACUGUA